AGAAGAAGAAGAAGAAGAAGAAGAAGAAGAUUCAUACUCAUGUACAGUAGGUGGCGGUAUGCACCUUUAAAGUUGUUUGCAAUCCGCCAAAAACCGAGAGAAGAAGAAGAAGAGCAGCAGCUAGCAGCAGCAGCUAGCAUGGACGCCGUGUCGCAGCGAGUGUUGGAGCACCUGACGGAGGUGGAGGAGGCCGCAGAGGAGGUGCUCAGCUCCAAGCAGCAGGUGGUGGAGCUGGACAGCAGGAGGAACAGGAACAGAGAGGCUCUGAGCGCGCUGAGGACAGAGGACACUGAGAAAGUGAAGGUUUGCUUCGGAAACAUGUUCAUCAAACUUCCCAAACUGAAGACUAGAGAGAUGAUUCAGAAAGACCAAGAGCAGCUGGACAAGGAGAUAAAUGAGCUUCGUAAAGGUCUGAAAGCUAAAGUCAACCGUCUGAAUGAGCUGCAAGGGAAACCUGAGCUGCGGGGCUACAGUCUUUCUCCUCUGUCCACUGAGGAAAUCAAAGCUAUUAACAGCCUCUUCAAGAGAUGACUUUAAAUCUCCUUACGACUGGACAUUUGUUGGAACAGAAGCCUCUUGGAUGAUUGACAACCCAUAUGUUACCCUUAUCGGCUGCCUGACAUUUUCAUUUUCAAAUAUUAUGUUGCGGUCUAAACCCUACAAAAGCAAAGUUCAGACAGAAAGUAUGUUUAGGUAUUUCCCCUUUCCUCUCAAUUGUGGAAAAUCAGCCUUAUGCUCAGCUGAGUGCUGGAAGAACAUUGUGUGUGUGUGUGUGUGUGUGUGUGUGUGUGUGUGUGAACACAAAGUGAUGUUGUGUUGUCUGCUGUGAUUACAUUGACAGGGCUUUUAUAUUGGGUGUGACUGUGCAGUAGUACCUGGUGCUGUAGAGCAGACAGUGUUGUUUCAAAUGGUCACUUAACAUAUAAUUUCAUGCCAUAUGUUUAAGGAAAACAUUUGAACCUCGUGUUUUAUAUUUCUAGUUCCAUCACUCAAGUCACAUAUGAUAACAUUGUAUUCUCCACGAACAUGCAAAAAUCCAAAGAUGAUGCCAAACAUGAUGAAAAGGAAAUAAAUCACACACACACACUGUUAACUAGAGUUCACACACUGUUUCCAUAUGAUCUACAACUUUAAAAGUACAUUAAAUAAAAUCUGAAUUAUUGUUUCACA